AUACAUCAAAAGCUUUAAUAAGGCAAAAAAUUAUUCAAAACAUAGAGGUUAAACUUGAUUUAGUAUCUUGUAUUAGAAAAGAUUAUUAGUAAAAUGUUUAUUGUCGUGUAAUCGAUUAUCACAAAACGGACGCAAAACCUAACCCAAUGCAAAUCGGAAUAUUGCUUGCAUUGCCUAGAAACAAAAGUCAUAUCAGAAACCUUUUCGGCGAAAUGUAUGACUAAUAAAAAUGUACCUUUUUACCACAUUUUCCAUAUUAUGAACUUAUUUCAAGUUAAUAAACAAGUAUUGUUACUAUCUCCUUAAUGUUACUUUAGCACCGAGUCUGGUUUAAAUGGGUUCUGCAGCGGAAAAUGAAUUUGAAUACACAGUGUAUACAGAACAUGAGUUGGAGCACUUCACUCAGCGGUAUUCAUGGGACUGUGGGGUGGCCUGUGUCACAAUGCUGCUGGAUCCAGCACAGCGCCAGGAGCUGCUAGACAACUUUGAGCAGAUCUGUGAGGAGGAGGGCUUCGGACAAAUUACAUGGACUAUUGAUCUGUGUUAUUUGUUGAAGAAGUUUGAGGUCCCUCACUGCAUGCACACCACUAUGUUGGGGGUGAAUGAGGCCCAUAGGAAACACAACUACUACCGGAAUAUCAUUGACAAGGACCGCCUCCGCGUCUCUCAACGCUUCGAUUCCGCAAACGCCGCAGGCAUAGAGUUGGUAGAAGGCCACCUGCCAAUGGACGCCAUAGUGCGUCAUCUGCGUCACGGCCCAGUAUUAUUGCUAAUCGACGCAGGCUUGUUGUCAUGCGACCUCUGUAAACACAACAAGCUAAAGGCGGACUUUAGACGUUGCUUCGGCGGCUCCUUCACCGGUCACUUCGUCCUCCUAGUGGGCGUCCGUCGCAACAAGCUGCUGUACCGCGACCCCGCCUUACGGCCACGCACAUGUGCCACCAGCAUAGCGCGCAUGGAGCGAGCUAGAGCCCCGCCUACUGAUAGAGAUGUUAUACUUGUUUAUAAGGAGUACAGGAGGUGACACGAGAGACAACUAUAGGUUUUUUUAUUGUUACUUAUUUACAAGAAUGUGUUCCGGCUAAAUAUUCUUCACCACACCAACUGGUAAAGGUCCUCUUGAUUGUUCAAACACUAAUGAGAAAGUUGCAUUUUAUCCACGUGUGGGGCAAAGUAAUCAGAUGCAAAUUUUGAGUUGUUUCCUUAUGUUUGCUGGUAGAAUUGACUGUUAAAUGAUGAUUUUGAAUGAAAUUUUUUUUAUUACUUUCAUUUGCAUUUGAUUUGGUUUAAUUUUUUUGGUAUUGCAUGUUUAGUUAGUAUUUUCUUCAGGUUGGUGUGGUAAAAAAAAAGUAUUUCACUCUUGAGGCAAAGUUUGUUUAACCCUCGUGCCUUGAACCCCCGCAACGCUUCUCAGUGGCGGAUUAACCGAACAGCAGAAAAAGCAUAUGCUAAGGGCCCCGCGCCUUGGGGGGGCCCCGCGAUCCGACCCUGACCAUGCGAUUUAGGCACGUGGAUCCGACCAAGUUCAAGUAGAACUGGCACUCCGCGGAUCCUGUACUACCACAUUUUAUUUACAAUGUAUUUUUUCGUAAGUCUGUAACAAUAUUGAUCAAUUAUUAUUAUUUGUUAUAAUCCUGUCUAUUUUUCUUUAUGACGAUACCAAAUUUAAAGAAUUUUUAGGCUUACACAAAGACCAAGAGCAGAGUUUAGCAUAAAACCGAAGGUGCAGAGUAUUUCAAAACUUUUGUGCAUGGCUAAGCUGCAAGAAACAGCACAGCUCGGAAACCAACAAAAGAAGAUACCGUAUUUAAAAACAUAUUAGUGAAAAGAAAGGGAGGUGAUUUACUUAUAAAUUAUUAUUUCAAAUAACAAAUUGCACCUUACAGCUAAUGCCUAAUGAUUUGAGCCCGUAGGAGGCCAAAGGACGCGCUCCUCUACGGCUGGCCGGGCGCCCAAAAAUGCCGAGUUGCUGCAAAGCCGUGAUACAUAUGAUCUAAUUGUCAAAAUGUUAUAAAAAGAAAACAGUGGGGCCCCUAUGCAGGGCUUUGCAUACGCAUAGGCCGGAUGUAAAGCCCUACAUAGGGCCCGAUACCCAAAGCAUCCCAGCAAGUCGCACUUUCGAGCAAGAACUAAGGCGAGCAGCAGGCGAGCCGAGAUCACAUUAGUUCAAUUCCAAACUCUGUUCUCCUACAAUUCAGCCUUUGCCCAUGCAAACUACCAUUACCGCGCUACCAUUAGCGCGCCGCGAUAGAUGAGUAUUUUGCUCGAAAUAAAAUGAUUUCAAUUUCAAUAGAACGCUCCGGGCCUUCGCCCUUAUACGGAGCUCGGCUUACAGCCUCGUUCACACUCUGACAUUGGUUUAAUUCUAGGCUCUGCUUUCCUGCAGCUUGGCCUUCAGCUUCACACGGGACCGCUACGACAUCGGGUGGUCGGAUAUUCAGCUCAUGGGGCUCAGCCUUCGGGCUUGUUUUUUGGCUCACUUAGCCAUUAGUUCCCACUUCUUAGGUCCGACUCACUUUUCACCUAUUUUUACAAGCUUUUAUUAAACUAGUUUAAUAAAAGUUAGUUAGGUUUUUAUUUAAGAACUUUGAUUACUUUGAUGUUGUUAAACAGUAUCCCUACAUGCUUUUAUUUAACUUGCAAUACUAGUAAGUUGUUUUCAAAAUAUGCAAACCAUAUGAAUACUAUUUCUUUGACCAUUUGUCAAAAUUUGGCAAAAUCGACCUGAUCUGAUGAUGAAAACCGAAAGGAACUGUGAUAAAAUAACACAACGACAUUAUGAUUAAGCUCUUUUAAAAUCUAAAAAAAAACGAAAUUCCGGAAAAUCUAAAUAAAAAAUUAUUAUAUCGGAAUUCUUUCAAAUUAAUAAAUAAGGAAAAUAUUCCGGAUUUUAAAUGACGUCAUAUACUUAUAGUUCGUGUCAUCCACGAAGACGCGCCCCGCUCUUCCUAAUCGCUUAUAGUACAAAUCUGCAAUUUUUUGGCAAUGUAGUAGUUAUUUCUACUAAUUAAUGUGUAUAGACAGAACUACUAUACUAGUAAAAGAUUGCACACCACACGUGCAGGUAUUAUAGGCGAUUGGGAGGAGGAGUGGGGCGCGUCUUCGUGGAUGACACGAACUACAGACACAAAAAAAAACAUUUCUUGUGUAGGGGCUCCGUUAAUUUUUCUUUUUAUUUUAUAUGUAUUAUUGUUACCAUUCACUCAAAAAAGGCUAAACGGGGGCUAUUAGUACGAGUAGGUUUCAUGUACAUUACAUUACAAGCAUAAGGGAGUAACCUUUGUAGUGCUUUGUACGUCUUUUUAGUAAGAAGAGAAGAUUUUUUGCAAUAACCGAAAAGCGACUAAACCGAUCUUUUUCGCUAUAGUUUUAAUUGAAAGUAUUUUUUCUUUCUUUUGGAGCGAUUAUUUCCGAAAAUAAUAACUUUAUUUAAAAAAAAAAGGUUUUUGGAGACCCUUAUUCGUUUUGAAAGACCUUAUCCAACCAUACCUGUAGUGUGGACUACAGGGUCAAAGCAAAAAAAAAAAAACAAAGAAAAAACAUUUUGUAUGGGCGGUAUGCUAUUUUUUUUAUAGGUUUUAUUUUACCCGUUUUGUCGCAAUGCAUGAUUUAUGUAUCCAUGCCAAAUUACAGCUAUCUAGCACUCACUACGAAACCCUAAAAAUACACUGCAUAACAUGUUAAAAGCUAAUCGAGAACGAGUGUAAAAAAAUUAAGACAUCGUAAAAAUGUUGUGAUGGUACUGAAUCCUCGGGUUGCGAGUCCGACUCGCACUUAAUUUUUUUUUUUAAACCAGGGGGCCCCGCGAACUUUUGUGCUAAGGGCCCCGCGCCUUCUUAAUCCGCCCCUGACGCUUCUUAAGAUUCCAUUUUGCGAACUACUCGGUACUAAUGCUCGGUUCAAUUCUACAAUCUUUCGCUUGCUCGGGUAUCAAUAUUAGCACGAGCGACGAGCGGAUAAACAAUAGUUAUUUGUACUCGGUAGCAAAGUUUGUUUAUGUUUAACCCUCGUGCUUCGAAGCCCUCAAGAUUCCACUUUUCGAACCACUCGCUACGCUCAUGGUUCAAUUUUGGAAUCUUCUGCUUGCUUGUGGGUAUCAAUAUUAGCAUGAGGGGUUAAACAACAAGGUUGGUACUUUUUAAAACAAAUAAAUAUUAAAACCUUAAUCCCAUGAGCCCCAAAGUGAGUCGCCUUAAGUAACAUCAGUACCCCUAGUGUAACUUUGAUCGACAUCAUAACGUGACGAACGCGUUUGCGUUAAGUCUCAUUUUGUAUAGGAUUUUGAGGUUUUAAAACGUUCCGCUUGGCGCGCUCUUUCGAAAUCCAAUACAAAAUGAGACUAAACGCAAACGCGUACGUCACGUUUUGAAAUCGAAUUUAUUUACACUAGGGGUACUGAUUUCAAUCAUUGACAUAUAUAGUAGGUCAAACCAAUUUGUCAGUUAAUAAGAACAAAAAAAACUAUACUCGUCUUUUUUUUUGGGUGCUAGUAUCUACUAGUGUAAAACAAAGAUAGUAUGAUUCUCUCUGUCUAUGUUGACAUGAGAUCGUCCUUUGACAAACUAUAUCUAAGGACUACUGGAGGCCUACCGCGAAAAUCGAAGUUCGUCAAUUGCGGGCAUUUUUCUCAGUCACUCUAAUUACGUCUUAGUGAGAGUAAAAGAGAAAGAUCCCCGCAAUUUGUGAAUUUCGAUUUUCCCGGUAGGCCCCCUGGCCUUACGGGCACUAAGAAUGGUGCUAGUUCACCGGUGUCACUCACGAAUUCGAGUCAAUCGUGCAGUCUAACGCAACUAGUUGUGAUUGUGACCAAUUGCGCGCGUGAUUCGAACUCAUCAAAGAAGCAUGUUGCGGCGUUAGACUGCACGAUUGGCUCGAAUUCGUGUGCGGUGGCACCGCUGUACUGGCCCCAUUCUUAUUGUCCGUAAGGCUCGUCCUUACAUAUAUGUAAAUGAUUCUAAUUCUAAAAUUUAGAACCUCUUAUUUAGCUGAGUAAAGACCCCAGGGAGUUCAGGGGUUGAUUUAUUAAAAUGUUAAUUUAAAGUACUUUUGUAUAAAAAUGUGUCUCAUGGGUAACUUUUAUUAUUAUACACCGUGUUUUUAUUGAAUUUCGUUAACUUCGGGGUAUCGGUAAGUACGUUUAAGGAAACUAAAUGGCAUAGUUAAUUUUCAAAAAUAAUUUUUUUUUUGUUUUUUUUUUACUAUUUUUAUAAAAAGUAACUAAAUGUUGCAUAUAGCGUUGUUGUAAAACGGGCAUUACAUUUAACUCAACCAAACACUCAACAAAACUGUGACAUAUCAAUGUCAUUUCGAACGUCGAUCGUCCGAGAUAGUACUUACGUUUAGUAGUAAAUGUAUGAACUCGCACUAAACACUAAUCAAUAAGUAAACAGGCCCUAAGGCAAGUGUACACGCUCGUAAGGGCCUUAUAAGAUAAAAAUUAAUGAUUGAUUAUCUCCGAAAUGGAGUUAAUUAGAAUAUCGGUGUGUUUGAGAAAGUUACUUAAUUUAAGCUCAGGAAUGCACCCUCGAAAUUAACGCAAAUAAAAAAAAACACGGUGUAUAGUAGAAUUGAUAACGAUAAUUAUACACUUAUUUAUAUGAAAUCCACAUAUAAAGAGGAUAAUCAAUGUAAUAACAUGACAAGAGGAAACAGGGAUUUUACUUAUUUGUUAAUGAAAGAUACGAAUAAUAUUUUAUUUAUGUAAUGUGGAGAAUAUGUUAGAAAUUGUCAUAACUUUAGGAAUAUUUUGUCAAUACAGUCAAUAUUUUAUCUUGUAUUAUAUAUUAUGUGCUAGAAUAUUUAUUUCAAAAUGUUUCAAAUGUCUUAAUUCUACAGGAAUUUGAGUUCUCUAUGAACUACUAGUAUGAUUAAAUCCUAAAUACCUUUAAUUUAUUGUGACCAUGACAAAAUUGAUAUACCACACUAAUCAACGACAAUUAUUUAAUGAAGUAUGCUAAUGAAUAAUGAUUUACAGGAAAUAAAUUAGUACUUCAUUAUUUUUAUUUAAGUAA